AUACCGAACUACACCAAUGAAUGCGACAAAGCCCGCGUCCUUAUCCUAUCCAAUAUCCAUGUCUCAAUUUUGUUCCGCGAAGGUAACGAUGAGUAAAUGAUCGAGAUACAAAGUAACAUUCCGUCGCCAACUGAACAACGUGCAGUGCCUUCGGAAAAGAAAACAUUAAAAUAAUGUCAUCGGUGAAGCAAAUCGGAGUAGUGGGCGGCGGGCAGAUGGGUUCGGGAAUAGCGCAAGUGGCUGCUAUGAAUGGCAUACACGUCUGCCUCUUCGAUGUCGAUCCUCCUGCUCUUUCCAAAGCCUCUGCUUCCAUCUCUGCCUCCAUCGCUCGUUUGGUUUCCAAAGCUCAACUCUCUCAGUCUGAAGGUGCAGAUGCUUUGCAAAGGGUGCGGUUUACAUCAAAUUUGGAAGACUUCCAUCAGGCUGAUUUUAUCAUAGAAGCCAUUGUGGAAUCUGAAGAUAUAAAGAAAAGAUUAUUACUUCAAUUAGAAAAGAUUGCCAAGAGUUCUGCAAUUUUCGCGUCCAACACAAGUUCCAUUUCCAUAACUCGCCUAGCAGCUGCAACCAGCAGGCCACAUCAGGUGAUAGGAAUGCAUUUUUUCAAUCCUCCUCCUGUGAUGAAAUUGAUUGAGAUUGUGCGAGGUGCACAAACAUCGGAUGAGACAUUCGCAGCUACAAAAGCAUUGUCAGAAAGGCUCGGCAAGAAAGUAAUAACCUCCCGAGACUUCUCAGGAUUCAUUGUAAACCGUAUCCUUAUGCCUAUGAUAAAUGAAGCGUUUUUCGCCCUCUACACUGGCGUCGCAACCAAAGAGGACAUUGACACUGGAAUGAAGCUAGGCACUAACCAUCCAAUGGGUCCUUUACAACUUGCAGACUUCAUUGGGUUGGACGUGUGCUUGUCAAUAAUGAAGGUUCUUCAUGCUGGCCUUGGUGACAACAAAUAUGCUCCAUGCCCUCUUCUUGUGCAGUAUGUCGAUGCUGGCCGACUUGGAAAGAAACAAGGUAUAGGCGUGUACGACUAUCGGAAAGAUUCGAGGUCUGCAAAUUCGUCUUCACGUCUCUAAGAAGUAUUUUUUGUUGCGGAAGAAUAAGUUUGCUGGUGAAGGCGGAAUAAAGAAGUGUGGCCUCGCCUAUUUUGUACUGGUAUCUUUUGGGGCAUGCUCCCAAGUGCAGAGGUUGUUGAAAUAUGAGUGGAGAUAUUAUUAUUAGAAGUGGUUAUUAGUUUAAAGGGUGUGUUUAUAGAGAAUAGUUGAGUAGGUACUCUGUAUAUUUAUUACUUUCCUCUCUCUAUAUACUGGUGUUUUCUUAUGUAACAAUCUUCACUCAAGUAAUAUAUUAUCUUUCUUUC